CAUGAUGCUCCGCAGACAGCGUCUGAAAAUUAGUGUCCAAGGUACAAACAACUACUCCAACUUCACAAGUAAAGGACGCGUACAAAAGCCACAUUGGUCGAGUAAGCUCGAUCAUUUGUUUCGGAAAUUGCUUUCAAAUUUCUUUUUCGGUGUUCUUGACCAAUUUGUUCUUCGAAAGGAUGGCAGAGCCACAGCGAGUUUGUGAUGUGCUACCUGAAGACAUUGCUUCCGAUGACUGCCUGACUUCAUACACUCACAUCUACAGCCCAGACUUACUCAAGGAUCAGGUAGCACUUAUCACGGGUGGCGGGUCAGGAAUUGGACUACGGAUUGCAGAAAUCUUCAUGAGACAUGGCUGUGACACGGUGAUUGCCAGCAGGAACAAAGAAAAGCUCACUGAGGCGGCGAAGAAGCUGUCUACCGUUUCAGGACGACGCUGUCUCCCGUUGUGCUUGGACGUGAGGCAGCCUGAGAGCAUUUCAGCGGCUGUGGAUGAGACCCUCAAAGAAAUGGGCCACAUCGACAUCCUUGUUAACAAUGCUGCCGGCAACUUCCUGUGUCCUGCCGCUGUUCUUUCCUUCAACGCCUUCAAGACGGUUCUGGAGAUUGACACCAUGGGAACGUUCAACACCAGCAAAGUUGUGUACGAGAAGUGGUUCAAGGAUCAUGGAGGCAACAUUGUCAACAUUUCGGCAACACUUGGAUACAAGGGACAAGCGCUGCAGGUGCACGCUGGAUCUGCCAAGGCUGCAAAUGAUGCCAUGACCAAGCAUUUGGCUGUGGAGUGGGGACCCAGUGGGGUGAGAGUGAAUGCUGUGGCCCCCGGUCCCAUCUCUGGCACAGAGGGCUUCCGCAGACUGGGUGGUCCGAGAGGGGAGGCCGCUGGUCUGUUCCAGUCCAUUCCUUUGCAGCGAUCAGGCAACAAGACGGAGAUGGCCCACUGCACACUUUUCUUAGCCAGCCGGGCCUCGUCCUACGUGACCGGAGCCAUCCUGGUGGCGGACGGCGGAUCUUGGCUGACCUCAGCUAACGACGCCUCCAAGAUGAUGGGUUAUUGGUCAUCUGAAAAGAGAGACAAAUAAAAAUGAACAAAACAGUAACAAAGCUGCAGUGCUGUGACACUGUUUCAGGCUACAGAAUUGGA